AGUGAGAAGCUGGUUUUGUGCUGUGCUUUUACAAGAAAAGCCUAGCUGCAUUAACUCUUACUAAAACAAGCACCUAGACAACUUAAACACAAUCCAGAAAUCCAGUGAUGGAGGUCAACUCCACAGAAGCCAGCAGCAGCUCCCAGGGAGGCACCGGCUGUCUGGAUCUUACCCCUGUCACCUUCACUGAAACGAUGACUUUCACAGAAGUGGUGGCAGAAGAGGAGUUGGGAUCCUUUUACUACUCCUUUAAGACAGAGCAGCUGGUGACUCUUUGGAUUCUCUUUAUUGUCACAAUUGCUGGAAAUGCUGUUGUACUCUUCUCUACCUGGAGGAGGAAGAGGAAAUCUCGAAUGACGUACUUUGUUACUCAGCUGGCAAUAACAGAUUCAUUCACAGGACUCAUCAACAUAAUGACUGACAUCAUCUGGCGCUACACCGGAGAUUUUAUGGCCCCUGAUAUCGUUUGCAGGGUCGUUCGCUACUUCCAGGUGGUCCUUCUCUAUGCCUCAACUUACGUCCUUGUGUCACUAAGCAUAGACCGGUAUCAUGCCAUUGUUUAUCCCAUGAAGUUCUUGCAAGGAGAAAGGCAGGCAAAAGUGCUUAUUGGAGUGGCCUGGACCCUCUCUUUCCUGUUUUCCAUACCAACUCUGAUUAUUUUUGGGAAACGGCAGCUCUCCAAUGGGGAAGUGCAGUGCUGGGCUCUCUGGCCUGAUGACUCCUACUGGAUCCCCUACAUGACAGUUGUGGCUUUCCUGGUGUAUUUCAUUCCUCUGAUCAUUAUCAGCAUCAUAUACUCAAUUGUGAUUCGGACCAUCUGGAUGAAGAGCAAAGCUCAGGCUGUCAUCAUAUCCAGCUGUCCUGGUGGCAAAACCUCCAGUGGCUAUAGCAGUCGUGGAUUCAUAUCCAGGGCAAAGGUGAAGGCAAUCAAGUACAGCAUUGUAAUUAUCCUUGCAUUUAUUCUCUGUUGGAGCCCUUACUUUCUUUUUGAUAUCCUGGACAACUUCAACAUACUCCCUGAGACCAAAGAGCGCUUUUACGCAUCUGUGAUUAUUCAGAACCUGCCAGCCUUGAACAGUGCCGUCAACCCCCUCAUCUACUGCUUCUUCAGCAACAGCCUCUGCCCCCCUUCUGAGGAAAGAAGAACUCAAAGGCUGGGGGGGACUUCUCGGGAAAGGAGUGAUGGAGAGCAGGAGAUGCAGGUCCUGUCAAAACCAGAAUACAUCUAGCACAGAUAAUGUUCUGCAAAGCUACACUGACACCUGUACAGAGGAAAAGAAAGGUCCCCCACAAGUCCUGUACACUCUAAAGUGGAUGGCACUGACUGGCAAGAGCCUGCACGUUGUGCUCUAAUAGCAUGUGUAUUUUGGGUGGGCACUGCAGCUUCAUCAAUUGCACACUGCCAGUGCCAAGCUCAGUAUGAGAGGUUUGCAUGCCUCUGUUGUGAGGCUUCAUCUUGACCCUCUGUUUAAAGCAAGCUGUAAUCUAUGUGCUCCAAACAGAAGAAAUAAUUGUCAAUGGUGUCUAGUCAGAGUCUUCUCUAUUUUUCAGGAGUCACUAAAAGCCAUGUACUGCACUAUCUGGCUGUUAUAACAGAUAGAGAUGUUUACAAGCAAUUACACAGCAAGGACCCCAGUUAAAAUGAAAACAAAGGCACUUUUCCAAUGAGAAAACACCACUGUCACUCUAUGUAAUUGUAUCUGGGUUUCAUACAGAACCACUUACAAAGUCAUACCAGAGAAGAGGGAAUAAAGUGCUCAGAUACUGCCUGCCACAUCAUCUGGCCCAGCUUCUCAGCUCACACCAGCAGCACUGCCCCUGUAUCUCUUCCUCCCCUUCCAGUGUGAUAUUUCCCUGCUGUCCUACCUUGACACAUCAGUGGUACCCCAGUGUCCCAGCAGGACUCAUACAUGACACAUCUGGACAGCCAUUUAUUUCUGGACUACUAGCAAAUGAUUCACCAGCCCCUCGCAGACCCCAUGGUGCACUCCAUGUGCAGAUCCUUCCACACUUCUGUGGCAAAGGCCCUGAGCAGCCUCUUCAGGAUCCUAUGGGGAGCUGCCAUGAAGGGCACUUAGUGGGUGCAGAUCUCUCUCACCACCCACACAGCAGCGUUUUCCUAUCCCAUACCCCCUGUAAAUCAUCCCUGCCACUUAAAUCAUGCGGGAACCACACACAUCUUUGCACAAACUCAAAGUUGGAAAAAGACCCAAGCAAAACCAUGAAACUCAAAUUACAUUUAGGAAAAAUAAUCUGUUGAUGGUCCAGUCUUGUGAACUCAUUGUAGCUUUCACAGAGAGCCAAUAGGCAGAACUUUGCUCCUGUGCAUCCAAGCACCUGGGCAUGCCCUUUCCCGAGCUCUUUGGGCAUCUUCCAACCACACUGUUCUAAAAUGGAGGAAAAAAUUUCUCAUGCAGGUGAGGGGGUGAUAAACUCCAAUGUUCCUUUAACUACAAGGCAGCUUGAAAUGUUUGUAUUAAAAAUUAACUCUAACCAGCUAUGUGGCAACUGAGUUUAUUUCCUCUCAGUGAAAAAAUUAUUCUUUCUUAAGUGGACUCAGUUUAAAAAGGAGUUUUUAUUAUUACGAUCUUUUGCAAUGAGUUUGUUUCCUCUAAAGCAAGAACUGAAUAAAAUUUAUUUAUAAUUGCCUAUAUUACAAAAAUACUUUUUCCUAAGUAGGAGAUAUAUAAAAUCAUGGGGUUUUAUAUUCUCAGGAAAAUAAAUAAGGUAUCUCUCUUUAUUACCAUGAAGUUCUGUUAUUUAGACUCUAUGUCUAAAUUUUGCUGCUGCUUAAUUAAAACUAUGAAUCUACAGCAGCCUUUACAGCAGCAAGCCUGGAUAGGCUGUAUAUAAGAACCAGGCAAUAUGUUUUUCCCAUGGGCAUGCAAUAACUUCCCUAAAAUUGGACUGCUUUGUUUCAGCUUCACAGAUUGUGGAUUUCAGCUUUUUCAUCUGAUAAAUGUACACUCACUACCUACUUUUGAGCAAUUAAUGGAGUUUUUAGACUUAAUACCUGCAAAUCAGAUAACAUUUCCAAGCAGUACUUUGAUUUGCAAAUUUAGUAUGACUCAAUCCCCCCAAAAGUUACGUAAUAUUUACUGGGGUUACCACAUGAAUUAUCCCAUCCAUCUAAAUUUAGCAUAUGCAUGAAUAAAUGUAAGACUGUGGACUGAAAUAAAAUCAUCAUUCAUUUGUUUUCAAAGAAACAGCCUUUGUUUCAUUCAUUAUUGUACUAUGUACCAUUUACAAGUCCUUAUCAUUUUUCCUUUGGACAUGAUUGUGAUGCUUUUUCUCAUAUGAGAAUCCUUCAGUUUACAUGGCCUCACACUGCUUUUGUCUGCAUCCUUUCCAAGAACUUAAAUAUAGGAAUAAAUAAUUC